AUGUCGUUUGAUACAGGAGAUCAUGCAACCGAUAGCGACUCGCAUGAUGCCCCCGAUCUCACACUCGAUCAACCAUCACCGGCAUCCUCAGACGAGGCAAACAACGAUUCCAAUAUUGUCCACGACAAUACACACAUGUCAGCGAGUGAACAAUCCAGCGAAGACAAUGCGUCCGAUGACGGAGACUUCGAUAUGGAGGAGAGCCUCCCAUCACAGAACGAAGACGCGAUGGAAGACCGCGAUAGCUCUACCGACUCGAAUCGAGCCUCCAAGCGCAAAGCUCCUGUUGAGGAAGACGAGUAUAUCAAGGCUAAUCCAGAGCUCUAUGGGUUGAGGAGAAGUACGCGACCUCGGGAACAACGAAAGAUUGUCGAAUCUGAUGAUUCGGAUUCUGAACCCCCUGUCAACCGCCGAACAGUCAAAAGGCGACGUGUUGAAUCCUCCCGUCCUUCAUCCAAGAUUGGAACUCCAACAUUACGUGCCUCCACAGCCGAUUCCGAUUCUGACUCCGACACAUAUGGCGGCGCUCGCGCAAAGAGCCUGCAGAAGAAGGCUCGAAUGCAACGCGAGGCACAGCCAGAUCUCGCACUUGCUGAAAAGCGCUGGUCGAGUCGUCGCGCUGCACAGGUACAACAAGGAGCAUACGAAGAGAGCGACGUUGACGAGGAUGAUGAUGACGACGAGCUCGCCCCCAUGGCCUACACCGUCGACUACAUUGAUGAUUCACCGUAUAUAGAAAAAGUUGUCCGGCAUAGGCUCAAAGACGGAUUCGAAAUUUCCUAUGGGUUGACUAAGAACGACUUCGAAUACUUCAUCAAGUGGCAGGGCAAGUCGCACUUGCAUGACACCUGGGAGACGUUUCAAGACAUUCGAGAUUAUCGAGGUUACCGUAAAGUUGAGAAUUACUUUAGAAAGGUGAUCGAGUACGAGGUGGACAUCCGCGUCGGCGAUGAUAUCCCCCCCGAAACGAAGGAGCAAUUUUUCCUUGACCGCGAGCGAGACGAGGAAGCAUUCGAGGAUUACACCAAGGUCGAGCGAGUGGUCGCUGUACGAGACGGUGAAGACGAUACUGAGUAUCUUGUCAAGUGGAAGGGCCUCACGUAUGAAGAAUGCACAUGGGAGGUCGCGACAGAAAUCAGCGACGCGUUCCAAGACCAGAUUGACCAAUACCUUGAUCGAGCAUCACGCUCGUGGCAGUCAGACCGCAAGGAGACGAACCUCGACACAAGAUCACGGAUGGUCAAGCUCGAGGAGCAACCCGAUUUCAUCAAAGGCGGCGAACUCCGCAACUUCCAGCUUCGGGGCCUCAACUUCCUAUGUUUGAACUGGACAAAGGGCAAUAACGUGAUUCUCGCCGAUGAAAUGGGUCUCGGAAAAACGGUACAGACAGUAUCAUUCCUCAGCUGGCUCCGUAAUGCUCGACGCCAGGAGGGACCAUCACUCGUGGUUGCUCCUCUCAGUGUUAUCCCGGCUUGGUGCGACACUUUCAACCAUUGGUCCCCUGACAUCAAUUAUGUUGUCUACCUGGGACCCGAGGAUGCUCGAAAAAUCAUUCGUGAGCACGAGCUGCUCGUAGAUGGCAACCCAAAGAAGCCCAAGUUCAAUGUCCUUGUCACUUCAUACGAGUUUAUUCUCCAGGAUUGGCAAUUCCUGCAGUCUAUCAAAUGGCAGACGCUCGCUGUCGAUGAGGCUCAUCGCCUCAAGAACCGGGAAUCCCAAUUAUACAACCGGCUGGUAAGCUUUGGCAUUCCUUGCAAGAUCCUGAUCACGGGAACACCUAUUCAAAAUAACUUGGCCGAACUUUCUGCUCUGCUCGACUUUCUUAACCCCGGCAAAGUCGACAUUGACGAAGAUCUUGAUUCCCUUUCUGCCAGCGAUGCACAAGAGAAACUGCAACAACUUCACAAGGCCAUUGCGCCUUUCAUUCUGCGACGAACCAAGGAAACCGUCGAGUCAGACCUUCCCCCCAAGACUGAAAAGAUUAUCCGCGUUGAGCUUUCCGAUGUACAGUUGGAGUACUACAAGAACAUCCUGACCAGAAACUAUACAGCUCUCUGCGACGCCACUAAUGGACACAAGAACUCUCUCCUGAAUAUUAUGAUGGAGCUGAAGAAGAUCAGUAACCAUCCUUACAUGUUUCCUGGUGCUGAGGAGAAGGUCCUGGCCGGCAGUGUCCGCCGUGAAGACCAAAUCAAGGGCUUGAUUGCCAGCAGUGGAAAGAUGAUGUUACUCGAUCAACUUCUUUCCAAGCUAAACAAAGAUGGCCAUCGAGUCCUGAUCUUCAGUCAGAUGGUUAAGAUGCUUGAUAUUCUUGGCGACUACUGCUCCCUGCGAGGCUACAAGUUCCAGAGAUUGGACGGUACUAUUGCUGCUGGCCCCCGACGCAUGGCCAUCAACCACUUCAACGCUGAUGACAGCGAUGACUUUUGCUUCCUUCUCUCUACUCGUGCAGGUGGUCUGGGAAUCAACCUCAUGACGGCAGACACUGUCAUUAUUUUCGACUCUGACUGGAACCCUCAAGCUGAUUUGCAAGCCAUGGCUCGUGCACAUCGCAUCGGUCAGAAACGUCCUGUAAACAUCUACCGCCUAGUAUCCAAGGAGACUGUCGAGGAAGAGGUCCUCGAAAGGGCUCGCAACAAACUCUUACUCGAAUACCUAACCAUCCAGGCUGGUGUCACCGACGAUGGCAAGGCAGCUUUCAAGGAGGAACUCAACAAGAAGGGUCUCAGGGUUGAAGGCCCGUCUUCGUCUGAAGAUAUCCAAAUGGUUCUCAAGAUGCGAUCAUCUAAGAUGUUCGAACAGAGCGGCAACCAAGAACGGCUCGAACAACUCGACAUUGACUCGAUUCUUGAGAACGCUGAGGUCACCAAGACCAAGGUCGACGACAAGAUAAACCUAAGCAGUGGCGGCAUCGACUGGGACAAUUUCAUGCAAAUUACUGAUGUGAAAGUGGAUGAUAUCAACCUUGAUUGGGAUCAGAUUAUCCCCGCCGAUAAGAUCGCCGAAAUUAAGGCCGAGGAAGAAAAGAAACAGCAUGAGGCCUACGUUGCCAAGGUGGCGGCUGAAAGUGCUCCACGCAGAGCGGCCAUCAAGAGCCGCCACAGAGAGAGUGAACGUGAUGUUCGCCUCAAGAAACGUCAGAAGGAGCAGCAAGACAAGGAGGAGGAUGACCGAAGGCCCGUGCCUCUCGAUCCUAAGCGCCCUUUGAACGAUAAGGAACAACGUAGUCUAAUAAAGGCUUACUUCCGUUACGGCUCAAUGGAUGAUCGCGGGGAUGAAAUUAUCAAGGAAGCCAAGCUGAAAGAAAGGGAUCCAGAGUACGUCAAGUCGGUCCUUGAUGAAUUCAUCAAGGCAGCCAAGGAGGCGGUGGACGAUAACUAUGCUCAGAUGGUGGAAGAAGAAAAGAGACUCGGGAAGACUCUCACGAAGAAGGACCGCAAAGCUGUCCUGAUAGACUUUGGCGAUCUUAAGAAGGUCAAUGCUGAAACAGCCAUAGAACGUCCGAAGCAGCUUCAGCUUCUCCGACAAGUCAUUCGCAGCCACAAUGACUGGCACACAUUUCGUCUCCCUGACGCGACAAAGGCGGCUAGCUACUCUUGCGCUUGGGGUGCUAAGGAAGAUGCCAUGCUCCUAGUCGGUAUUGACAGACACGGUUUUGGCGCCUGGCCCCAAAUUCGAGACGAUCCUGAUCUGGACAUGACAGACAAACUCUUCCUCGAAGAACAUCGCGUGGAGAAGAAAGAGGAACGUAGCAAGGGCAACGACAAGAUGAAGGCUCCUGGUGCUGUUCACCUUGUUCGGCGAUCAGAGUAUCUGCUUUCAGUCCUGCAAGCGAAGCACUCUAAUGAUCGUGGUGUGCAGCGAGCUGUAGAGAAUCAUCACCGUAACAACAAAAAGACACUUGCCAAUGGUCACCGUGGGAGUGCCACAGCGUCUCCUGCUCCGCACAACGGCAAGAAGUCUCGCGACCGUGACAGAGACCACCUCCAUGGUGACCUGCACCGAUCGCGAAGCCAUGCGGAGGAGCGUGGAACCCCGCGACCGGAUUUCAAGCGAAAACAUCUAUCUCAUGAAGAUAGCCGUAGCCCCAAGCACCGCCGCAUCGAGGAGCAUCGUCGAUCCAGUAAGCAUGGAGAGGACAGGGAGAGAUCAGAGAAGCGGCGUCACCGGGAUGAUGAGGACCGUCGUGAUGAGCGCCGCGAUGAGCGCCGAGAUGAACGACGGGAUGAGCGACGGGAUGACCGGCGACAUGAUAAACAUCGCCUCAGCCACAGUCAUCGCGAUGAACGUCGGGAAGACCGCCGAGAUGACCGACGUGAUGACCGUCGUGAUGAUAGACGACAUGAUCGACAUCGUGAAGAUCGUGAGCGUGAUCGUGAUCGUGAUCGCGAACGAGAGCGAGAGCGAGCCCAUGACUCGCAUCCUCAGGAUGAGCGCCGAGCCAAGGCUCUGCGAAGGCUGGACGAACUUCGCCGAAUUGGCGACAACAAAGAUAAGAGAGCUGAGGACAACGACGCCAUGAUCUGGUUUCUACUCAAACCGGUCCGAGAGAACUUUGAGAGGAUUCUUUCUACCACCAAGGACAACGUCAAGUCAAGCAAGGAGCGGGCGUCUAUCUUUGGGGUCGAGCUGGUCGUUAUCGGCACUUUUCUCGACGAGAAAUUGGCGGCCACUGCUGCUGACGAAGGUCUCAAGAGCAAUUUCUGGGACUUUCUGGCAGCUUUGUGGCCCGUAGAUGAUACAAGCAAGAGCGUCACGGGAAAGCGGUUGAGCAACAUGUAUCGCACUCUACAUUCCCGCAGCAAGGGAUCCGGUUCGACCAAAACCAACGGUGCAUAG